AUGACCCUUCUGUUCCCCUUCUCUCCACAGAACGAACGGAAGAAUGGAGCCCCCAAGAGGAUGAAUAACUACCAGAAGAACAAGGAGAGGAUCAAGAGGCUCAAGUUGGAGGGGGAGAAGAGACGUGGCGAGACGGGAGGAACAUGCGGAACAAACGAAACAUACGAAGCACGCGGAACACGCGGAACCUGUGAGAGGGGCGAGUCUGCUCCGCGCGAGAGACUCCCCAAUUUGAAAAAGUACGCCCUGUGCAUUGGGUAUGUGGGCAGCAGGUACCACGGGUGCCAGGGGCAGGGAAAGGAUUGCAUGACUAUCGAGAACGAGAUCGAGAGGACCCUGAUAAGGAUGAAUGCUGUGGGACGGGGUGGGGAGGACGCGCUGAAACAAAAUUGCUGCGACUUCGCGGCUGAGCAAAAGAGCUGGGACGACAUCCUCACCGUGAAGGAACAAAAAGAAGAACUGACGGAAGAAGAACUGAACGCCUUCUUUGAGAUCAUCCAAAGCUACGCAGGGUAUCACAACUUCCACUGCUUCACCAAAAACAAAGUGGAACAAACCACCUUCCGCUUCAUCAAGUACUUAGACGUCAGUACAGUCAACCUGUACAACUACAACUUCGUGUCGGUGAAAAUUUUAGGUCAGUCUUUCCUAAUGCACCAAAUAAGAAAAAUGCUAACCUUGGCUGUGGAGACUUUUCGAAAGGCUACAUCUGUGAGCUCCAUUUAUUACUGUCUGAGGUCGGGGGAGUAUGUACCCAUUUCACUCUUCCCCGCUGAGGGUCUGAUGCUCAUUUGCCCCUACUUCAAUGCGUACAACGAGAAGGUGUGCAACCCCCCACAGAGUCCCCCAAUCUGCUUUGAGGAGAACGAGGAAGUUUUGAAUUUCAAGCGGGACGUGGUCGCCAAGUGCAUCAUCGAAAAAAUGCACACGAAUGUGUGGAAGGACUGGAUGCUGAAGAUGAACAAGCGCCCGUUCGCGUACCAUUUCAUGAGGGACAAACUAGGCGAUGCGAAGCCAACCUGUGAGCGCAGCGACCAAGUAUGA